CAGUAUCACUGACAUAUUUAGAGCAGCAUAAAGCAGGCGUGACAUUUGACUACCGAUACGUUUCCUUGUCGCUUUCCUCGGAAUAACUAGACAAGUCAGGCGCUGUCCGUGGAGUAAGGGAGAAUGUCCAUGUCUGGCUGGGUGUGUGUCGUAACGGGGGCCUCCAGAGGCAUCGGCCGGGGCAUCGCUCUCCAGCUGUCUGAGGCCGGAGCCACCGUGUACAUCACCGGGCGCCAGGAGACCAGCCUGAAACAAACCGCUGCACAGGUGACGGAGAGGGGUGGGAGCUGCGUGCCGGUGAUCUGCGAUUCCACGAAAGACCGAGACAUCGAAAACCUGUUUGAACGGAUCAAGCGUGAGCAGAACGGCCGGCUGGACCUCCUGGUGAACAAUGCCUACGCUGGAGUCCAGGCCAUCUUCGACAAUAUGGGGAACAAGUUCUGGGAAACCGAUCCCUCCAUUUGGGAUUCCAUCAACAACACGGGCCUCAGGGGACACUAUUUCUUCUCUGUUUACGCAUCCCGGAUGAUGGUGGCUCAAGGUCAUGGUCUGAUUGUCACCAUUUCUUCCAUGGGGGGUCUGCGGUACCUCUUCAAUGUGCCGUAUGGCGUCGGCAAAGCUGCAUGCGACAGGCUGGCAGCAGACAUGGCCAUCGAGCUUAAAAAAAGCGGAGUGGCUUCCAUCAGUCUGUGGCCGGGAGCCGUGCAAACGGAGCUGGUGUCUCAGUUGGUGUUGGAGAAAGACUCACCGCACGGUGCCAAUUCCAAGUUGAAGGAAGUCUUCGCCAAUGGGGAGUCUACAGAAGUGAGCGGGAUGUGCAUUGUGAAACUGGCAAAAGAUAAACAACUGAUGUCUCUGACUGGGAAGGUUCUCCUGACCUGUGACCUGGCAAGGCGCUACGACAUAAAAGACACUGAUGGACGGAGUGUAACUGAUUACACCUCUCUGAAAUUCCUCCUGAGCCAGGUCCCUUAUCUCUCCUGGCUGUCGUCUGUUGUACCUUCAUUCCUACACCUGCCGCGCUUUGUGCUCACCCUCGCUGGCAACCGCUUCUGAGCCGCUCACACAGCACUGAAGGGGCAACAGCACACGUUAUGUCAACCAUAUGGGCCCAAUUCUAGCUCAACAUACAGCCGCCAUGUUUCUUUGAAGGAAUAUUAUUGAAAUCUCUGUUUCUGUGUGUGUCUAUCUAUAUCUCAUAUAUAUAUAAUAUAUGGAUGAGUUCUUAAUGAAGGCAGUUCUAUGAAGUUUGAGGUGAACAUGAAUUUAACACUACUAUCUGAGUGAAGCAGCACAAUGUGAAUGUAUUACCACGUGUAUUUUCUAAAUAACUAUACAAAAUCUAUUUACGGAUGAAAAAUGUAAAUGUUUCUGUAUUUUUCACUAAUUUCUAGCCUUGUUGUAUUUCUAUUGAAUAAAUAUGUAUUUAUAUGCCUAGUACUAAUUAUACUACCAAUACUAUGAUAUGUGACCGAUUAUGUAACAGCUGAUUAAAUAAAGAAAUGUUAACUCGU